AUGUAUUUAUUUAAUGAUGAAAAUGUAUCAGAUGAAAUAUCAGGAGUAGUGACAAAUGAGGAAGAAGAAAAAUACGGAUCAGUGAAUUUGUUUAUAAAUGGUCAUAAGGUUCGAGAUAUUAUAAAUGAAUGGCGUAAGACAUCAAAGCAUUCAAUUGAAUUACACAAACAAGACCUAUUAAAUUAUAAUAUAAUCGAUACCAUUAAGACCUCUCCAACCGAAUCCAGAUUAUUAUUUAAAGAUAACUGGGAUUCCAUAGUAAACACAAUCGAAGAUAUUUUAUCAACACCCCCAGUAAAUGACCAAUCACAUAUAAAAGAUUAUAUGAUAUCACUGUUAGGAAACACAAUUGAGCUGAAGGCGCUUGGUAAUAUUAUUAGAAAAGAGAAAGCAAAUAUACAUACAGAUGAACAAUGGAAAAAAAAGCCUUUGAAGUUGGUAGAAAUAAUUAAAGGACGAUUGAAGGACCAACGAUUGAGGUCUGGAAAAGAUGAAACAGAAUAUCAUUAUACAAUAAAUUACAUUUCAGAUAUUUUCAAUACUCUUUUUAAAAACGAUCUAAGAGCUAAACUAUUAGAUUUUAGAUGGGGAGAAGCACACUUAAAAGCUGCAUCAAUUUGUAACAAUCAUAGACUACUGGAUGACCAGCGCAGAGACCACGGAAAUAAGAUUGACCUCAUCAUUGAUCUGAUUGAUGUGCCUUUUGAGAUUUCAAUUAUUGAGAUCUCAGGAUCUCCAUCAGAACCUGACCACACACAUUAUGUGGGCGAUAGAAAUAAAAUAGCAAAAAUGCUUAAAAUGAUGCUAAACUGUAUAAUAAUAGGUACCUGGGUAGUCUGGAACAUUUGA